CCCGGGAGCACAAUGGCGGGCAGCGCCACCAUGGCACCAUUGUCACCACAGCGAAGCAGGGCAGCGCCCUGCAAAGGAUGUGCAAGGCCGCAUCUUCUGCAUAGCCUCUCCCCUCCCCAAGCAACUUGGGGGCCUCUGGGGGAAAGGAUGGGGUGCGCUGGGUCGGCGGGACCCCAGCUGUGCUGCUGAGUGGGGGGGGGGGCUUGAUCCCCGCAUAUCCGCGGAGCUGGGGGUGAAAUCAGGCCGUACAUCCGGGGUGGGGGAAGCGGGGAGGGCGCCUGAGCCUGACCAGCCAUCAACCUCCUCUCCAUCUCCUCCGCCUCCUCCUGCAUCCCGGCUCUGUUGCCAUGGCAACGGCCAGGCGGUGGCUGCCGGCGGCCCGCGCGAGCGUCUGCCCGGGGCUGCAGCAGGAGCCGGAGCGGGCAGCGCCUCUCUGGGAGGCCGGCGGGACGACCCCGGGCGGGACGACCCCCGCCCGCCCCUCCGCGCACCAGCCAGGCUCCCCUCCUCCAAGGCCGCCAUGUCCCCUGGCAAGGCCAAAGCGGGGCCACCCCAGCCGCUGGUCUUCGCAGCCCACGAGAUGGAGUGCAAGAUCUGCUAUGAGCGAUUUGACGGGCGCGGCCGCCGCCCCAAACUGCUGAGCUGCCGCCACCGCGUCUGCGCUCGCUGCCUGCGCAAGAUGGUGGAGGUGGGCGAGCCACCCGGGACCCUCAGCUGCCCCUUCUGCCGCCAGGAGAUGCCCCUGCCGCCGGACAGGGACGUGGGGCGCCUGCAGGACGACGGGCAGGUCCUGGCUUUGCUCAGCUGCCGCGAGAGGGCCCGGAAGCAAGGAGGGGGCGCCAGGGUCGGGGGGGCGGCCCCCUCCCCGGAGGUGCUGUUGUGCCCCAGCGUCCUGGAGCCCUUUGCAGAGGGCGGGCACAGCUCCUCCUCGGACUGCCUGGUCAUCACCCUUCUGGAGGUGCCCGAGGACAUGGCGGCCCCCGAGGGGGUGGGGGUCCUGGACGUCAUGCGCCUCUACCGCUCGCCCAGCCUGGCCUCGCUGCCCUGCUACGGCCCCCUGGGCAAGUGCCAGCCCUGCGCCACGUGGCGCGCCUUUCCGCGUUUCCUGGUGGGCGUCCUCUGCCUGGUCUACUUCAGCUCUCUGCCCUUUGGCAUCUACCUCCUGCUGGUGGAGCGUCUCAACCUGGGCAUCGUCCUGGUGAGCCUCGUGCCCUCCACCCUCAUCCUCUGCGUCUUCUACAGCCUCUGCCAGUGCUUCUGCCACGAGAUCUUCGACUUGCCUUCUUGAGUCGGGCAGUGGGGGACAGGGGGAGAUCUGGAGGGCAGGGGCCAAUGCCAGCCCCCCCCCCGGAGCCUCCCGCCAGCACCCAAGAGACAAUUCGCCCUCCCUGUCCUCCCCGAAUCUCAUGCCAUUCCAACCGCCCUUCCUGGAAGCAGAUUUCAGCAGCAUUGCCCUCCUCUCCCUGCAACGGCCUGGUUGUGGUCUGGUUGCCAACCAACCAAGGGCAGUGCCAGCCUCGGAAGAGAGCCCUCCCGUGUUUCAGAGCUGGAAAGGCAAUGAUGCGCUUCUUCAGACAUGGACGAUGGACUCUUAGGAUGGCGAAGGAUUGGCCAAGCGUUCAUGAGAACUAUGUAGCAACCUGGCUGUCCGAGGAAUUUAUUUGUCUCCAAAGAUAUUUGCAAAGGCAAGAAUGCCGUAAUUUCACACAUAGAUGUUUGUUAGUCAGAGAUCUUGGUCCACAAAUCAUAAGAUCUUCAAAUCCGAUUCAUUCUGACAAAACUAGGAGUUCUCAAGUACUGUACAACCACAUUGAGGCAGCCGGAUGAUUUAUAGCUGGCAGGUUGUACGAAUUUAUUGCUCACCGGCCCCCUUCAGGAAGUAGCAGACAGUUCUGUGGAGCAGGAAGAGGAGGGAGGGGGCUUCCGUCGCUGUUGGCCACACGGCUAAGCAGAACCUCAAUGUGCCAGGGCAGUCAGUGUUCCUGUCAACAGCAGGUGGCGGAAGAAGCCCAUUGCCUCCCUGCCUCCCCCUUUCAGCUUCCUGAGCACGCUUUGAGGAUGCUGAGUUGGGGGGGGGGACGCGCCUUUGUCUCUGCUGCUCUUUGGGAAAACAGAUUCUGCCCUGUUGAAAAGCUGCCUCAUUGGUGGGGACCAUGGGGGGGGACCCCCUCUGCCACAUGUCUCUGGUGGAACUGGGAAUGGCAGGGGGACAGGAUACGGCCCCCACCCCACUGAGCAACUGGGCCUGGGGGUGAUGUGGGAACAGCCACCAGUCUUCUGCUGGCCCCUGCACCUUAUGUAUUUAUUUUAUUUUAUUUCUUGCAUUUAGGGGCCACGUUUUUCCUCCAAGGGGGUCAAGGGGGCAUAUAUGGUUCCCACCCCCAUUGCCACUUAAUCCCCACAACAACCCUGCGAGGCAGGCCAGGCUGAGAGGAAGUGCGACCGGCCCCCAAGGUCACUCUCUGGGCUUCAUGGCCGGAGUGGGAAUUCGAACUCUGGUCUGUACUGGAUUCUCAUCCGGCACUCGAACCACCGCACCACGUUGGCUCAUCGCAUGUCCUACUGUGGCAACCUGCCAGCCCCUUGAUGUAGAAUCCUAGACUUGUAUGGUUGGAAGGCACCUAAAAGGUCCACUAGUCCAACCCCUUGCACAUGGACAAUUUCCCCAGAGGGGAGAGCACCCCACACCCAGUGGGUCCAGGGAGACUGGGGACCUCUUACAAACAGGGCAGGAGGUCAUUUCAAAAGCCAGAGAGACUCCCUGCAAGUUCUGCAGAGUGCUUAGCAACCUGUGGGCUCAAGGGGCAAGCCUGAAGGGGGGAAAGGGUGUCCCACCUAGGGGAGUCAGACCCCUGGCCUUCAUCACAUCCUCCUCCCCCUAAGUCCUGGUCUGCUCAUUUCCUUACACUCACCAAAGGGUUAAAGGAAAAGCUGCUUAUUUUGGUUUGCAAGUCCCGGUGCCUGGUGAAAACUGGCAGAACAGCACCUCCUGUUGUCUGUGUCCUCCAUUGGUUCAGAAAUAAAUGAAAUAAAACAAAACUUGCCAGUA